AUGGAUGGCACACCCUCCUCGGUUCCGCCCAGGGUGGAAGCCCCCCACUUGCUGGCACCAUUACAGACACACUCCCAGCUCGUGGCUCUCACUCCCCAGUUCAAAUCCCAGCAAUCCCAAUCCCAAUCCCAGUCGCAGUCCCAGUAUCCAUCCCUCAUCAACCCCGACUCCUACUCCUCUUCCUCCCCGUACCGACUUGACUGUGGGGCGGGUAUUGGACAAGGUAUUGAGGAUGGUGAGGAUUAUGAUCAAGAAGAAAGCAACUGCGUCACAAAUCCUGAACCUCAACCCGAACAUCAGCAUCAGUAUCUUCCCCAAUUGCUAGACCUGGUUGCAGACAAUCUCGAGCAGGCACUGAUUGUCCCUCGAAUUCACCAACACCCUCAAUCCAGUAACUGCAAUUCCCCCGAAUCUUUCCACAUGAUGAACCAAAGUCAUCACCACCAGCAAUCAGAAAUGUAUUACCCUCAGUAUCCGACACAACAGUACAAUCCGUAUCCUUAUCCUACGAAUGGUGCCCAUGCUCCCGCUGUCUCCACUCCUAUGCCAGGACCUCAGAAUGUACUGCCCGUACCUUCGGCUCUGAGCAAUCAAGGAGCCAUGCCCCAGGCAGCUUACAGCAACAAUGCACCCGCUGGCAACUUCGACACAACUGGACAGCACAAUCCUCCAGGUAUGAAGCCUAGAGUCACAGCAACCUUGUGGGAGGACGAGGGUAGCUUGUGUUUUCAGGUUGAAGCCAGAGGCAUUUGUGUCGCACGGAGAGAAGACAACCAUAUGAUCAAUGGCACAAAGCUACUAAACGUCGCUGGUAUGACUCGAGGUCGCCGGGAUGGUAUUCUGAAGAGUGAAAAGGUCCGACAUGUUGUUAAGAUUGGUCCUAUGCACCUCAAGGGCGUUUGGAUUCCUUACGACCGCGCCCUGGAUUUCGCGAACAAGGAGAAGAUCACCGAGCUUCUGUACCCUUUGUUCGUUCACAACAUUGGUGCUCUUCUAUACCACCCUUCCAACUCAAACAGGACAAGCCAAGUGAUGGCUGCCGCUGAACGAAAGAAGAAUGAAGCAAUCGUAGGCAACCGAUCAUUACCUUCGCUUGUUCAGUCGCAUCACCAAAUGAUGCCUGCAAUGCCCACUGGGUAUACUUCUCAGCAGCCCCUCACGAACGGACACCAAUCUAUGGCAAACACUCCUCAGCCUCUUACGAAUGGUUCCCAGCCUCCCAUGAAUGGUUCUCAGACUCCCAUGAAUGGCCCUCAGCCACCCAUGCAAAAUGGAGGCGGCAUGCUAAAGCGAGUGCGCGAAGACGAUGAUGACUUGCAUCGUUCUGGUCCCAAUGGACAUGAUCCCAUGAACAACAUACAUGGAAUUCCCAACGGAUAUCCCCACCAGUCGCCCCUCGGAAGCGUUCACCAACCUCCCAUGCAGAACGGAAAUGAUGGUGGACUCAAGCGAGGUCGAGAAGAGCACGACGACAUGCACAGGGCAGGCCCCAAUGGACAUGAUCCAAUGAACAGCAUGCCUGGUGGCAUGCCUAGCCUCCCAAAUUAUGCCCCACCGCCUCUCCAGAACCUUCACCAGCCUCUUUCCAAUGGUGACAGCGGCAUGCUCAAGCGCGGCCGAGACGACGACGACGACGUCCACCGGUCAAGUCCCAACGGCCAUGACGCCAACGGUAAUUUUGAGUUGAAGAGAAGAAAGACCGAGACCUCCACCUCAAAUGACAUGCUCCCUCAAUCCCCAUACUACACCCUGUCCAAUGGAGCAUACCAGGGUCCUAUGAUGAACAGCAUGAACCACUAUAAGCGACGGGAUGAUGAAGCCGAGACACCCCGACCAGGCCCAAACAUGAAUGAUUUAAACAAUUUUGACCUGAAGCAGCGACACAAGACGAUGGAGUCGAGCGUCCCUGCUCCUCAGUAUGACGCGAUGAACCGACCCCACUCCAGUAUUGGAAACUCGCCUGCGUAUGCUUCAGCCCCUACUGGAUACGAUCAUCUUACCCGACCUGCCUCCACCGUCGCGGUAUCUCCCUCAUAUCCCGCCGGUCCUGGUUAUGAACUUGCUCGACCUGGGACCAAUGUCCCUAGAAGGCAACAGUCCUUUGGAUAG